UGAGAUAUCUUUAUAUUUUCAAAUAAUAGAGUAGAGUUCUUGAUCUUUGUGAUGCUCAGUGUUCACUGAUGAACAAAGACGGCAGCUGGUUUUAGCUUAAAGUUAAAAUACACGUUGAUUAAUUAUUUUUUAGGCAGCCUUCAGACGUUGAGGGUGAAGCUCGGGUGAAAUGCAGUUCCAGAAAUGCAGACAAGAAAUGUGUCUUGACUGAUAUUCUGCUCACUCACGCCUUAACCUGACAUAAUCCACAGAGUCUGUUCUACUUUGGUUGACAAGGUCUCGACUGUUCAUCCUCUCGCGCGACAGCAGUUCCGCAGCCGCGCGCCACCCAGUCUGAAGUUCAAGCGAGGCGGAGCGGCUCGCAGGGAGGACGCUGUGGCUGAAGAGUUUUAUCACUCGGAGAAACUGGGGACACUGAAGCUCAAACGCCUCACAAGCAGCGAGUCAUUUAUUUAUUUUGCACCUGAGACAGAGGGGGGUCCAGGAGCGUUGCCUUUACGCGCGUCAAAAAAAGGAGAGCGGAGUGUGAGCGCAUCUGCCUGCUGCCAACAUGUCCGCAGCCACAGCCUCAGUAGCAGAUGUGAGGCUAGAGAAUAAAGAAGACAUCCGUACCCGGAGCAAACCAGGCCGUCAGCAGGCUCAGUGCACACCGAGGCCCCUGCCGGCUGUGGGCACCCACAGGAUCAUUCAGGGCAACGGGACCGAUGUGGGCACAGUCAUUUCCCUGCAGUGCCCAGCUAAACACAAACUGGUGGGCAAAGGUUUGAAGUGUGUCAUGGUCACCAACAGCACCCAAUGGAUGGGCGAGACCUUCUGCCAGCCUGUGGCCCCCUAUGAGGACUAUGGUUUCCGUGUGGCCGUCCUGGCAUCCAUUAUAAGCUCUGGAAUUAUCCUGCUCAUGUCCGUGGCCUUCAUCACCUGCUGUUUGCUUGAAUGCACCGAAGAGGAUAAACAUAAAAAGCAAAGGAGAGAGGGUGAUGAUCUUCCAUGGGAGGGUCAGGACCAGCACCGGGAGGACAGCAGGUCUCCUUACAGUCAUAAAGGCCAGAACAACAACAACAACAACAACGCAGAGGAGAAGAUGCUGCCUUUGUGGGAACCAGUAAACUCAGCCCCGUGUAACACCAUUCCCUGCAGAUGUCAGCAGCAGUACACCCACGGACCCCUUCCACUUUCACUUGCAGCUCUUCCUGGACAGGACUAUGAUCAGCCUCUCUUACCCGAAAACCCGCCGACUCGUCCCCCUGAGUACCUAGGACCUCCUCUCUCUUUCUGUCCUGCUGCCGACUCUAGGCUGGUUCACUUCUCAGCGGCGGGGUCGGGACUGGUGUGGCAGUAUGGAGGGCAACACUGUGAUAUAUCUGAAGUCAACCCAUCAGUCACGAGGAAUACAAACACAAACGGCAAUAUAAUCCCCAAAGAAGUUUCCAUCAGGAUCAUAUCAGUGUGAGAAUGCCUUGCUGACAGAGCCAUUAUGAGAUCUUGGGUGAUGUUCACUCAUGUUUAACACCAUCAGCUCAGAUUUUUAGUGAAAUCAUUUCAGCAUGUAAUGUGAAAAAAAAAAUUAAUCUGGAUGUCAGUGGUGCUGUGGUCGUUUACAAACACUGGGUUCUGAAAGGCAUUCAUCAAAUCAAACUGCUAUGGCACACUGCCCCCUGGUGGAAACUCGGUGCUAAUACGCUUUUAAUACACCUGUCAUGUUGUAAAUGCGAACUCCUGACACUGAAGAUUCUUUUUACCCUUGUGUGUAAGGUUAAAGAUGUGCUUACUGGAAAAAAUGUGUCAACAUACUGGAAUCAGUUUGCAAGUGUUUUGAUUUUUAAUGGAUGCAGCCAACAUGUACAUAAUUCUAAUAAAUUAAAUACUUUUAAGAAGGA